AUGGCGGACGUGGUACAAAAUAUCACGUAUGCCUCACCUGUGGCAGAUGCAAAAUUUGCUCAGAUUAUUGGGCAUCCUCAACUCAAUGGUUAUCUAGCCAAACUGGCAGAAGUCAGCGCAUGGCAGAUUGUACUUACAAUUCUUUGCCUCAUGGUAGCUUAUGAUCAAUGUAGUUAUCUCUGGCAAAAAGGUUCAAUCAUCGGUCCAGCAUGGAAAGCCCCCUUUAUCGGUCCAUUUUUACAAUCUGUCAAUCCAAAAUUUCACGAAUAUCAAGCAAAAUGGGCAAGCGGUGACCUCAGUUGCGUAUCUGUUUUCCACAAAUUCGUCGUUAUUGCUUCUACUCGUGAUAUGGCCAGAAAAGUUUUCAACUCCCCAGCAUACGUCAAACCAUGUGUAGUCGAUUCAGCACAUAAAUUGUUGGGCGAGACCAACUGGGUUUUCCUUGACGGAAAGGCUCACGUUGAUUUCCGAAAGGGUCUCAAUGGAUUAUUCACUCGCAAAGCUCUCGAUUGUUAUCUCCCAGGACAAGACGACGUCUACAAUCAAUACAACGAAAGAUUCGCCAAGGUUACCGAGGAAGCUGGAGGAAAACCCGUUCCAUUCAUGUCCGAAUUCAGAGAAUUGUUGUGCGCCGUUUCCUGUCGUACAUUUGUUGGUUUCUACAUCUCAGACGAAGCUAUCAAGAAGAUUGCCGACGAUUACUACAACAUCACUGCCGCCUUGGAAUUGGUCAACUUCCCAAUCAUUCUUCCAUUCACCAAGUCCUGGUAUGGAAAGAUUGCUGCUGAUAUGGUUCUUGAGGAAUUCUCCAAAUGUGCCGCAAAAAGCAAGGUUCGCAUGGCUGCCGGUGGUGAAGUCUCUUGUAUUAUGGAUGGAUGGGUCAAGUCUCAACUCGAGUCCGCUGCUUGGCGCGAGGCAGAAGAAAAGGGUCUCUCAACCAAAGGAAUGACGAAGCCAACACCAUUACUCCGUGAGUUCACCGACUACGAAAUUGCUCAAACCGUCUUUACCUUCUUGUUCGCUUCCCAAGAUGCUACGAGCAGUGCCGCCACCUGGUUAUUCCAAGUUAUGGCCCAACGUCCUGAGGUUUUAGAUAAGGUCCGUGAGGAGAACUUACGCGUUCGUGGUGGUGACAAACGAGUUAGACCAAACAUGGACAUGAUGGAAAGCAUGAAAUAUACUCGUGCCGUGGUUAGAGAGUUAUUGAGAUGGCGCCCUCCUGUUCUCAUGGUUCCAUAUGUUGCCAAGAAAGCAUUCCCAAUCACUCCAGAUUAUACUGUUCCCAAAGGAGCCAUGAUUGUGCCAACAACAUACCCAGCUUUACGCGAUCCUGAUGUCUAUGACCGACCUGACGAAUUCGACCCUGAACGUUAUUUCUCUGGUGACGCAGAAGUAAAGGGUGCUAAGAACUAUUUGGUCUUUGGAACUGGUGCUCAUUAUUGUCUGGGACAAGAAUAUGCCCAAAUGAACCUUGCUCUUAUGAUUGGAAAGGCAUCGAUGGAACUUGACUGGGUUCAUCAUCCAACUCCAAAAUCAGAAGAGAUCAAGGUCUUUGCUACAAUUUUCCCUAUGGAUGAUUGUCCAUUGACCUUUACAAAGAGACCUUAA